AUGGCGCCAUUAAAGACUCUACUAGCAUUGGCUAGUACAGGGCUGACACAAUUGGCCUUGGCUAAGUUGGUUCACUUUGAUCUAGAUCUGACCUGGAAACAGGGCGCACCAGAUGGCAAUGUUCGGGAAAUGGUGUAUAUCAAUGGCCAGUUUCCGGGUCCUGAGUUGCGACUAGACCAAGGUGACGACGUUGAGGUUGUCGUUCACAAUAACUUGCCUUAUAAUACAACAAUUCAUUUCCAUGGAAUUGAGCAAUUCAACACACCAUGGUCAGAUGGAGUUCCCGGAUUGACUCAAAAGUUCAUUGAGCCUGGUCGGAACUGGACAUAUCAUUGGACAGCGACUCAGUAUGGCACCUAUUGGUACCAUUCUCAUGGCCGUGGGGAGUUGAUGGAUGGUCUCUAUGGGCCAAUUUGGAUCAACCCGGCGCCCGAAACACCCCAGCCUUUCCAUCUCAUCUCGAGUAACCAGGCCGACAUCGAAGCCAUGCAAAAAGCGGAGAAGAAUCCGCAAUUAAUCAUGCUGUCCGAUUGGGAUCAUCUCACAUCUGAGCAAUAUGGAAAAUUAGAGAAGGAUAGUCAUAUGGCUGUUUUCUGCAUGGAUAGUGUUCUCGUUAAUGGCCGUGGGGCGGUCUAUUGCCCCGGAGGCGAGACUAUCUCUAAUGUCGAGCUCAGUUACCUGAAAACUGCAAUGGAAAACACGCCUUUGACUGAUAAAGGAUGCUUGCCCAAUAUCUACAACACACAGGGGAAUUUCCCCCCAUACGACGAGACCAGGAUUCCACAAGGAGUCAACUGGGGAUGCCAACCCACCACUGGAAAUCACGAAAUUAUCGAAGUGGACGGCAAUGCUGGUUGGGUGAGCUUAAAGUUCAUUAGUGCAGCCGCUUUAAAAGCCCUCAUCUUCUCUAUCGAUGAACACCCAAUGUAUAUCUAUGAGGUUGACGGGAGCUAUGUGGAACCCAUGCUCGUUGACGCGUCUAGUAUCUAUACUGGCGAGCGCUACGCAGCGAUGGUCAAGCUUGAUAAGGCAUGGAAGGAUUAUACCAUUCGAGUACCGGAUACUCAAGGUGACCAGGUCAUCUCAGGGUUUGCUACCAUGCGCUACAAGGGCUCCUCCAACACCGAGGCAUCAAAGCCUUUCGUCAACUAUGGUGGUACCAACACGUCCGCGUCCGUUGUCUUUAUGGACAACCAGGCAAUCCACCCAUACCCUGCUGUUACUAUUUCCGACAAAGCUGACCAGCUCGUCAAUCUGACCCUUGGCCGCUCUGGUUCAUCGUACACAUUCACUGCCUCCGGUGGUCAUCUGUGGGAUAUGAUGGCCAACGUGGAUGACCCGAUUCUGUAUGAUCUUAAUGCCAAGAAUAACGUGGCAUCGGAACUCAUUUUCGAGACUAAGAAUGGCUCCUGGGUAGACGUGCUUCUGCAGCUUGGUCACUUCCCAAACACCCCCGAUACAGCUGGCGCGCAUGUCAUGCACAAGCAUUCUAACAAAGCCUUCAUUCUUGGUCUCGGUCCUGGCUUCUUCGAAUGGGAAAGCACGGAGCAAGCGAUUGCUGCGCAUCCUGAGUAUUUCCACCUUGAGAACCCUCCGAUGCGAGACACCUUUGUCACACAAGGCAACAGGGGCAUAACAUGGAUGAUCUUACGGUAUCAAGUAAUCAACCCAGGACCCUUCAUCUUCCACUGUCACCUUGAGACACACAUGGCAAACGGCAUGGCUGUUACUGUGCUUGAUGGUGUGGAUGCUUGGCCUCAGGUUCCCGAGGGUGAGGACCAGAGCCGUAACCCAAUUCCGGCUUCAAUUCGUGCUCCUUCUCCAAGCAGCAGUUCCAUUGUCCGACCGAUAUCUACACCAACCAAAGCAUCUUCGACCCCUGUCAAGCCGUCCACACCGGCAGCUCAGCAAUACACACCAAGCUCUCAGCAGUACACCACCAGUGCUCCGCAGUAUACUCCCAAUCCUCAGGCUUAUACUCCUGAUUAUCAACAGUACACAUCUAGUGCUCAGCAGUACACUCCCAGCUAUCAACAAUAUACUCCCAGCGCUCAGCAGUACACUCCUAGCGCUCAACCCCCUGCUGCCUCUUCCCAAACACCGAACUCACUCAUCGAGCCCGCAUUGCCCACAUGGCUCACAAGACACUCAAAGGAGCAAGGCGCAGAUGAUUUGCUCCGUUGA